GCCGGGCCACGGGAGCCGAGCCGGGCGCCAGGCAGCGGGGCGGGAGCUGGGCCGCUGCGGGUCCUUGACACAACCUGGUUGGGGACUCUCUCGUGCAGUCCGUUCGUGCCAAUAUUUCAUAAGUGACAUUUAAAAACUAUGUGAAAAAUCCAUUGGAAGAUUUAUUCCUCUGUGAUGGAGAAGUAUGAAAAAAUUGGGAAAAUUGGAGAAGGAUCCUAUGGAGUUGUUUUCAAAUGCAGAAACAGGGAUACGGGGCAGAUCGUGGCCAUCAAGAAAUUUCUGGAAUCAGAAGAUGACCCUGUCAUAAAGAAAAUCGCUCUUCGAGAAAUCCGCAUGCUCAAGCAACUCAAGCAUCCAAAUCUCGUCAACCUCCUGGAAGUCUUCAGAAGGAAGCGGAGGCUCCACCUGGUGUUUGAAUAUUGUGACCACACAGUGCUCCAUGAGCUGGACAGGUACCCAAGAGGGGUACCAGAACAUCUCGUGAAGAGUAUAACUUGGCAGACACUGCAAGCUGUAAAUUUUUGCCAUAAACACAAUUGCAUACAUAGAGAUGUGAAGCCAGAAAAUAUCCUCAUCUCAAAACACUCAGUGAUUAAGCUUUGCGACUUCGGAUUUGCUCGGCUUUUGACUGGACCAAGUGACUACUACACAGACUAUGUGGCUACCAGGUGGUACCGCUCCCCUGAGCUGUUGGUGGGGGACACGCAGUAUGGUGCCCCAGUAGAUGUGUGGGCUGUUGGCUGUGUCUUUGCUGAGCUGCUGUCAGGAGAGCCUCUGUGGCCAGGAAAGUCAGAUGUGGACCAGCUCCAUCUGAUUAGGAAAACCUUGGGGGAUCUCAUUCCUAGGCACCAACAAGCGUUUAGCACGAAUCAGUACUUCAGUGGGGUGAAAAUCCCAGACCCUGAGGACAUGGAACCUCUGGAGUUAAAAUUUCCAAACAUCUCUUAUCCUGCCUUGGGGCUCUUAAAGGGCUGUCUCCACAUGGACCCCGCCGAGAGACUGACGUGUGAAGAGCUGCUACAGCAGCCAUAUUUUGACAGCAUCAGAGAAGUAGAUCUGACAAGAGAACAUGACAAACCAACGAGGAAGACCCUAAGACAGAGCCGAAAGCACCUGCCUGGGUUGCAGUACCUACCUCAGCUAACUAGCAGCAGUAUCCUUCCAGCUUUGGAUAAUAAGAAGUACUACUGUCGUACCAAGAAAUUUAACUACCAUUUCCCAAACAUUUAAGGAGCUAGGAGAUUGACAAUAAGGAAGAAUU